GACUACGGUGUCGCACUGCGCGGCGAAGAUUUUGAUGGACCCUCUUUCGUCCUGCAACAUAAAAACUGAGUUUUGUUCGAUAGAGGGCAUUCAUCAUCAGCAUCUUCUUCAUGACUCGCUCCAUCUUAACCAGUACUUUAUUUUCCUUGACUCUUCUUUUGACUUAUGUCACUUCGACUCGGGCAGCCAGCAAUUCUACCCAAUGUCCUUCUGAUCCUUACCUAGACCCGCGCAACGACCCGUGUAAUGCCCUUGGAUAUAUCGCUAGCAUUCCGCCAACUGCCGUCGCCUUUAGUCUUGUGCUGCUGAUCGCUUUCAUCCAAACUUACCGAAUUAUCUAUAAGGUUUAUGCUAUAGGCUUUGGGUUUCGCUUCGCUUUGCAUUAUAAUCCUGAUUCACUGGUGAUUUACAUCGUCGAAUACUUGAUGAUCGUUUUAUCUCCCUGUUUCUUCAUUGCCGCAAAUUACGUUCUCCUUGGUCGCCUUGCCAGGGACAUUGGCUGCACCUAUCAGGUCUUGCUUCCAGUGAGACGGCUCACCCUCAUUUUCGUCUUGUCCGACGUGACUACCUUUGUCAUACAGGCGGCAGGAGCCUCAAUGACUACGUCCACCGUUUAUAAUUCUGCUUUAAUAGGACUUCAUGUCUUUUUGGCUGGCCUCGUUGUGCAACUGGCCUCAUUCCUUUUCUUUUGUGUCAUUUUCGCACGAUUCCUCUACAAGGUCCACGCUGAAGUGCAGGCCAUUUGGAUGCAAGACUCAAAGCAACACUGGAAUAACGACUGGCGAACACUCGCCGCUGCCAUGAUGAUCAGUUGUAUCGGCAUUCUGAUUCGUUCAUGCUACCGCGUUGCGGAGGUUGCUCAGGGCUUUCACGGCAGCCUCACAUCAAGCGAGACAGCCUUCUACCUAGGCGAUACACUUCCCCUUCUUGUAGCCAUCGGGAUCUAUGUUCCAUUCUGGCCCGGAAGGUUCAUUACAGCCAAGCUAGCGCCCUCCGCCAACGAAUUGCAAAAUGGUCAGGAGUUAACAGUGAUUUAGGUUACAAUCAUGAAGUACGCACAGGGGUGCUUAGUGACUACUGACUACAGUUAUUCUACUUUUAUUUAUUACUCAGUCUACUUGUUAUAUCAGGAUAUUCAUAGCACACAAAUAGGUGCUAUAUAAGGACCUUUCAGCUCGGGUAGUGUUAGUUCACGUACGUUAUUUUGAGAAUGCUUGU